AUGAAGAAAGAUCUUGAUGAAAUAAAUCUGGUUUACAAUGGCCAAAAAUUGGGCAUUCGUGUUGACUUCAAAGACCCGGCGUUUCAAGUCUAUCCUAUUUUUUCAGAUCAUGAUAUUAAUCUCAAAAUCACUUGCCUUUCAUUGAAUCCUUUUCCUGGAUAUUUCAUCGACUUGAAUGAUUUCCCGAAAUUGGAAACGUUUUAUGGCGAAUGCUGUGAAUUAAGAGUUGACCCCUCUCACCCCAGCUUGAAGACCGUAAUUCUCAACCUGGUGACUUUCAGCACAUUACCGAUUAAUUUGAUAAAGUUGUUCGCGAUAAACUGCAAGAUUAGAAUGAUUGGAAACCAUCCAAAGCUAGAAGCUCUCAAAGUGUUGUCUCUAAAAAGUACACAAUUACAUUUUGAUUUCACCUCGCUAUUCAGAGUAGUCUGGAACGAUGAUUUGAAACAUUUUUCGUAUACCAUUCAAUGGGAUAGAGACGAUGAUGAAUAUCGUAUGAUAAUGGAGGAGGAUGAAGUCCUCACCAUGGUCGGUCCCCAAAUGACAAGCCUUGGAUUCCCAGAUCCAAUUUCUGCUAGGAUUCCCACCCUGCUACGCUCAUUAUACUCCUUGUAUGGUGGAAGCCUCCAAAAUUUGACUACCUUUACCCAAAUGAGUUCCCUUACAUUAUGGGAGCCAUCGGGUGACAUCAACGAUUGUAAAUUACCGCCCAACUUGAUCAACCUUACAUUGCACAAACCACGAGGUAUCAUCGGCUAUAAUUUUUCUUUACCGGCCAGCUUGCGCAAACUUUCGAUUCAGUGGGCUCAAUUUGAAGACUUGGAAGAAUUCUUUCCACCUGAAAUAGUCGACCUUGAGUUAGCUUGUUGUGAAAUUGAACUGACAGACGAGUGGCUAAAACCAGCCCGAUUGAAGAGACUUUCACUAGAAACUAAUGCGGUUUUAACUUUUAAAGCGUUUCUUCCUUGCUGUGAACAUUUGUGCUUGAGCGACAAUUCUUUAACGGAACUUCAAAUUGAAGCUCCCGUUCUUGAGUAUAUUAACUUGACUGGAAGUAAUUUAAAAGUAAUUCCCAAACUUCCCGACAGUCUUCAAGUACUUGUUAUGAGAUUCGGAGAGCUAGAACUCUCCCAGAUAUCUGAAUUGCCUCCUAACUUAAAAGUUUUAGACCUCUUCAGUGGUGGAAUUGGAGCUUUUCAAAACUACACAUUCCCAUCAUCAAUUCAAGAACUUCACCUUAAGUACUUGAACUUAUCGUGUAUGAGUGGAGUCAAAUUCGCCAAGGGGUCAAGAUUGAGAGAAUUGGAUAUGGGAUAUUCUAACCUAAUGACAAUCAACAAUAGAAUGAUCGAGCUACCCCUCGGCUUGAAUGAGCUAACGUUGUAUGACAAUGACUUGCAAAACAUAGAUGAUUUGACCAUACCGCAAACAGUUACAUUUCUAGACUUAAGUUCUAACAAGUUCAGUUCAUUGAAAGUUAAGUCCCAUAUUGAGACACUAUCCCUUAAAGGAAAUUCAGCAUUAUCAGGCCUUACGAUACCAAAGGAUCUGGAGCUAAGAGCCCUUGAUCUCAAAGGACUGGACUUGAUCAAUUGCCACUUGAUUUAG